AUGUCGCAACCUAACACCACCCUAAUCAUGCCUGCUCGCUAUGAUCACCUCCGCAAAGCUCUCCAAGCCUACAGGGACGACCCGCUGGUUGAGUCCUUCCUGUCUGGAGCGCGAGACAUCAUCUUCGACGCAGACGGCGACCUCAUCCUCACCGUCGGCGACGAACAUGACUCGCGCAACUUCCGCGUCCGCUCUUGCCUACUCCGCCAGCAUAGCUCCCGGUUUGACAGCCGGCUCGGACCAAUGUGUGUAGAAGCGUCGAUUUCCAACGAUCCCAUCAGGUGCAGCAUUCGUUAUGACGAUGUUUCCACCUUCUUCUUCCUUGUCCUCUACCUGCACCGUAACAUCUGGUGCAGCAGUCCUCUUCCCCUAAAGACACUCGUUCGCUUUGUGCGGACGACUUACUUUUCCCAGUUCGACAAGGAGUUGCCCGACGGGAACUCCCCGCUCCGAAAGGCUCUUGAGCAUUGCCUGGCUUCUACCUCUGCGAGGCUUGACGAGGACGAGAUGGCCAGCAAGUGGACGCUGAUGAAGUGCGCCUUCUUCGUUGGUGAUCGUGCUUCCUUCGCGCGCGUUGAUCUUGAGCUUGUCCGAAGGCACGCGGGAUCCCUUUGGGAUCUGGAAGCCCAGCUAGGAGAGCUCCUCGGGCAAGACGAGGGUCAGACCACUUAUCUACAUGUCCCUGAGGAUAGAGACAGUGUUGGAGGCACGUGCACGGGUGCCAUUCACGCACACCACGCCACGCACGGCCUCUCUUCCUGGCAUUUUAGCCCUCCAGACCUCUCCACAGAUUCUUUCUCCUUCUAA